AUGGCGAUGGGUGACGCGACGCCGUCGGUGCUAAUCCCGAUGCCCAGCCGCGAGCGCGACCGGGACCGGGACCUGCUCGUGCCGACCGCCGCCGUCGCCACCCAUGCGUCCCCGUCCGCCCGCACCGUCGCCGACUCCGACGACGACGAGAGCAAGCCCUCCUCUGCCUCCUCCUCCGCCGCCGCCGCCGCCGUGCAGACCGGCCGCGAGGCGUUCCAUAAGGUUGUGCAUAGCUGGGCGUCCAAGAAGUUCAUGACCGGAUGUGUCAUCCUCUUCCCAAUUGCACUUACAUUCUAUGUGACAUGGUGGUUCUUUCGCUUUGUGGAUGGGUUUUUCUCCCCAAUAUAUGCUCACUUGGGAAUCAAAAUAUUUGGGCUUGGUUUUGUAACAUCGAUAUCUUUCAUUUUUGUGGUUGGUGUAUUCAUGUCAUCUUGGCCGGGGGCAUCUAUCCUUGGUCUCGGAGAGUGGUUCAUAAAACGAAUGCCAUUUGUUCGCCAUAUUUAUGAUGCAUCUAAGCAAAUCAGUGCUGCCAUUUCACCUGAUCAAAACAAGCAUGCAUUCAAGGAAGUGGUCAUCAUUAGGCACCCAAGAAUUGGCGAAUAUGCAUUUGGAUUUAUCACUUCGGAAGUUCUACUUCAGCUCACAGCUGAGACAAAAGUUUACAUGGUUGAUUGCAUUCAUCUGGACUAUAAGUAUGCUUUGAAUUGCUUUGAUGUUAAACAUCAUCUUAUUGCAGAAAUUGUUGUCUCUGUGGGCACGACGAUGCCUCAAGUACUAUCAAUUCAAGAAACUGAGCCAAACCAGUUGAACAGGAUCAGAUCCACCCGAAGCUGA